GCCGUCAAACUGGAGAGCGCGCACUCGGGGCGCACCCGCUACCUGGUGGUGGUGUCGUGCGUGGGGCGCCAGGACGCCGAAGAGAGCUGCCUGCUGGGCAUCGACUGCAACGACCGCACCACCGUGGGGCUGGUGCUGCGGGUGCUCGCCGACACCUCCAUCACGCUGGACGGCGAUGGGUGAGUGGCCUCGCGCUCUGGCCGCCCCUUUCCGCGUCCGCGAUCCGCAUGGCGAGCGAACCCACUGGACGCUUGCGGCGAUGCUGUUUUAUGGUAUACGAGACGUUUGAUC